AUGGCUGAGGCAAUCCUCGAUGUCACUGAUAACGGUCUGUCGCAGCGCCAGGCUUCUCAGAAAUGGGGGAUACCCCAGAGUACUAUUUCCAGCAGAAUGCGAGGUCAGUCGGCAUUAACCGACCAGGAACAACCUGGAAAACUCCUAUCCAGAGACCAGGAGGCCAACUUGGUUGCAUGGACUCUUCGCCAAGAAUCUCUGGGUUACGCUCCGUCCCAGAGUCAAAUCCGCGCCUGCGUUGUUGCCGUUCUGAAACAGCAAGGCUGCGACUCAAGAUUGGGACGUCAUUGGGUAGAAAAGUUCAUUCAACGCCAUCCAGAACUUAGAAGCAAGGUCGGUAGGCGUCAGGAAGCCAACAGAUUCGACUCAUUUACUCCCAAAGCAGUGCACUGGUACUUUGACGUCAGGGAGAAGGAGUACGGGUGGAUCAAGCCGGAGAACACCGUGAAUGUUGAUGAAGGGGGGAUUAUGUCGGGUUUUGGGACCCCAGUCCCGCAGCUGGACCACUUUAUAGAGGCCAUCACCGCCGACGGGCGCGCCUUGACUCCUGGCAUCAUAUUUAAGGGCAAAGAUCUCCAGGCACAGUGGUUUAAGGACGAGUUUCGAGAAUUUGCGGAUUGGAACUACAUAACUUCACCAAAUGGAUGGACGGACAACCACAUUGCCGUCGAAUGGCUUGAGGAAGUCUAUUUGCCUCAGACGCGACCUGACGACGACUCUGAGGCCAGGCUUAUCAUUCUGGAUGGACAUGGGAAAUAA